CACUAAGCCCCGCCCACAUUGCCGUCUCCGCGCCGACAUCUUGCGGCACCAUCACCAUCACCAUCACCAUGGCGGCCCUGCUCAGCCUCAGCCUCAGCCUCAGCGCCAAGCAGCCCCCCAUCCAGUCCACGGCGGGGGCCGUGCCCGUCCUCAAUGAGAAGGGUGAGGUGUCUAUGGAAAAAGUGAAGGUGAAGCGCUAUGUGUCGGGUAAGCGGCCCGACUAUGCACCGAUGGAAUCCUCGGACGAGGAGGACGAGGACUUCCAGUUUGUGAAGAAGGCGAAGGAUCCAGAAGCGGAGCCUGAGGUGAAGGAGGAACUGGCCAACGACCCACGUCUCAAACGCCUCCAGAACCGACUGUCCGAGGAUGUUGAAGAAAGGCUGGCUCGCCACCGGAUGAUCGUGGAACCGGAGGUGGUGGUGGAGGCAGAGUCUGAGGAUGAGGCCGAGGCCUGGCAGGUGGAACGGGAGGACACCAGUGAGGAGGAGGAGGAGGAGGUGGAUGAUGAGGAAAUUGAGCGUCGGCGGGCCAUGAUGAGGCAGCGUGCGCAGGAGCGGGAGAACGAGGAGCUGGAAGUGCUGGAGCUGGAGGACGAGGGGCGGUCUGGCGAAGAGUCUGAGGAGGAGUCCGAGUACGAGGAGUACACUGACAGCGAGGAUGAGACGGAGCCCAGGCUGAAGCCCGUCUUCAUCAGAAGGAAGGACCGGGUGACAGUGCAGGAGCGGGAGGCAGAGACUGUGAAGCAGAAGGAUCUGGAACAGGAGGCUAAGCGGCUGAGUGAGGAGCAACGCAAAUACACACUGAAGAUCGUGGAGGAGGAGGCGCGGCGGGAGGUUGAGGAGUCGCGGAGAACGCUGUCCGCCCUCGAUGCCCUCAACACCGACGAUGAGAACGACGAGGAGGAGUACGAGUCGUGGAAAGUGCGGGAACUGAAACGUAUCAAACGGGACCGCGAGGAGCGGGAGUCCAUGGAGAAGGAGAAGGCGGAGAUCGACAGGAUGCACAACCUGACGGAGGAGGAGAGGCGGGCUGAGCUUCGAGCCAACAGCAAGGCCAUCACCAACAAGGCCAGCAAAGGGAAGUACAAGUUCCUGCAGAAGUACUAUCACAGAGGAGCCUUCUUCAUGGAUGAAGAGGAGGAUCUGUACAAACGGGAUUUCAGCUCGCCCACACUGGAGGACCAUUUCAACAAGACCAUCUUACCCAAGGUUAUGCAGGUGAAGAACUUUGGGCGGUCGGGGCGGACCAAGUACACUCACCUGGUGGACCAGGACACCACCUCGUUUGAUUCAGCCUGGGCCCAGGAAUCUGCCCAGAACAGCAAGUUCUUCAAGCAGCGAGCAGCCGGCGUGCGAGAUGUCUUCGAGAGGCCCUCAGCCAAGAAGAGGAAGACCACGUAACUGGGCGUGGGAUGGGCCGUGGCCACGUGGUAGGUGCGCCCGACCUCCAUCACUGGCACUGGGCUGCCCCGUCUAUCACAGCUAUGGAGACUCUAGUACGAACAUCUAUCCAGUGAUGUUCAUACCUAACUUAAAUCUUCCUCUUUAAAGUAAACUUAUUUUCUAAAGUUUGUAACUCUGUGAUCAUGUGUUAUUUUCCUUUUCUGCUACAUUGAUAGGAUAAAAUUGGCAUUUUAACCAA